CCUGGGCUCUGGGGACGAAAGAGGAGAGAAGAAGGGUAGACAGCCACACUGUGCUGCCUGCCUGGAGGACUCCGCUCAUAUGGAUAAGGCCUAGGGUACUGCUGGAAGCUCCAGAGAUCCCUGCUGAGAGGAGUUUCCACUGGGGCUUUAGAAAAGACCACAGAGCAUUCUUGGCUACCUGGUGGCUGCACGGACCUGUUAUACUCCUGGCUGAGAGCAGGAGAGUCUGGCCUCUGUUGAAAGAAGAGGUUAUUUUUUUUCCAAAGGUGGGAGCAACAGUUGAUGUCUUGGUCUGGACACAUCAGACAGAUGAGAAAAUAGGAGCCAGCUGGUCAAUGUCAGCAGGUUUCCGCCGUUGGACAUUCCCAAGCAUUUCGGCCCCUAACAUCAAUGAGGCCUCAAGUAAGGAUAUUAAUCCUUCACUGCACAGGAAUGCGCUGUCAUGGGGUGUGUGGCGGGGGCAAGAGGAGAAGGAGAGUGUGUCUCUCAGAGCAAUAACACACUCUGCCUACUCUCAGACUGCAGAUAGUGGUUCCAACCUGUUCAGGACUGCAAGUGUCCCAGAUGUGGUGGGAAGGAGUCAAAAGACAGCAUUCUCUUCCUUUACCAUUGCAGCCAGGAAGGUUUUGCCAUUACUUUCCACCUCACAGGACCCUGGGUAUUCACCCACUCUAAUACAGCCUGUGAAGGUAUCAUCGCCACCAAAACUACCAGAAAAUUUUGAAGGAAGCGCCUCAUCCAUAAUGACGACCACAAUGAGAGUCUCAAACUCCCAACCGGGCGUGUGCAGACAGAAUCCUAAUGUGACCCCUAAUGUGUUCAGACAGGACUUCUCACCAGCUGAUGGACUGGCAGUGAGAGAAAGAGGAAAGAGGAAAGUACAACAAUGCAGAUGGAGCUUCACAGAGGGAGACAGAAAGCAGGACAUAAUAGGUGGUUCAUUAAUGAACCUGUCCUCACGGCCUUACUACCAGUCUUGUUUCUAUCUUGUGGUGCCUCUGAGGACCACUAGUUCUGUUGUGUUUUUGGACAAGUCACUUUCCAUUUCCCUCAUGGAACUAGAAGGAAGAGGUGCAGGCCAACCCACUUGGUACAGGUCCACCUUGUCUGUUCGCCUUGGUGUCUCAUCUUGCCGCAGAUCCUCUACGGAUAACAAACCAGCCAAAGCAAAUGAGAGUUAUGGGAGAUCCAGAGCGGCCACGUUGGGCCAUAACAAAUGCAAUGGCAGAGAGAGUGGUUUGGGUCACUGCAGAGGCCCUCUAUCAAAGCACUGGGGCCACAAGGUUGAGGAAAUAGCCCCCGCUCAUGGUGUUAACAGCAAGGCAGAUGAUUCAGACAUGCAGCACGGCAGUGCUACUUUGGGAAUAUUGUCAUUCAGAGGGCCAAGUCCCUCCAACACAAAGGCUGGAAGACAGAAGGGGAAUGCAGAUGAGGCAGACUUCCCUACGCAGAGCAAUUUCAGGCACAGACAACACUCUUCCAAAAUUGGCCCAGUGGACUCCAGAGCGUGGAGCAAGCAAGUAGGGAGUGACAAGACAGAGGAACGACAAGAACCUCAAAAGCUUCAGAAAGUAUCCACUUUGGAUAAGACCUGCUUCCCACAAAAGGCCGAUUUUCUGGAAGGCAUACCCAAGACACUCAGCCUCCAAGAGGCUUUGGAGCUCUUUAGGCCAGACUUCAUCAGCAGAUCUCAGGGUCGGGUGAGGAGGCUGGAACAGAGGGCAAGGAGAAGGAGAGUGCUGCAGGACUCCAAUCCCGACCUGGUGCAGGGCCUCAGGGAGGAUCAAUGCAAACAAAAGAGCAACUGCACCACACCGGAUCCACUUUGUGAUAACCUUUUCAAGCCAAGAGAGAGGUCUAUAUCAGGCAGAGAGAUGCAGCUGAGGUCCAGACGGAUUUACAACAAGCUGCCAGAGGUGACAAAGAAGAAGGAGGAGGCGAAAAAGAGGGCUGUAUCACAAACCAACAGACUGCGAGCAGAGGUUUUCAAAAAGAGACUUCUGGACCACAUCCUGCAAAGAUAAAUGAGAGACACUGAAAGGCAAAGGUUAAUUCACUGAUCAUUCUGGGUCGUAACUUUUCUCCAUGUUAUUAAAUAUGACUUUGUAUUUAAUUAAAUGUUCUAUGAUUACCAUUGC